AUGAGUCCCAACGGGUUCCUCGCUGUGGCUGAUAGCACCAAUGCAUGCAUCAGGAAAGUCACGCUGGAAGGGGAGGUGACAACUCUGGCGGGGGAGUGUGGAUUUCCUGGAGAUGAGGACGGGGAAAUGCACAGCGCGCUGUUUUCCAACGGCAUUGAGGACGUCGCAUGCCUCCCCAACUGCACAAUACUUGUCACGGACCCCAGCUCCCGAGAGAGGUCUGGUGGAAUGGGAGUGGGUCAAGCUGCUGCAAUUGGUGGGGGUGCUGGGAUUGCUGCAUGCCUGCUGGUCUGGCUCCUGGGUAUUGCCGGUGGGAACUGGAUCAAGAAGCGAGUGGCUGUCAGGCGGGCGGCUGUGUGCAGUGGCCUGGUGGGUGAUUCAGAAAACUGUGAACAAUUCACCGGCACAGAUGACAUGACAGCGACAAUCAGACAGAGACUUCUGGGGCACAAGACGAAAGCCGUUGGAUCCAAGAUGUUCCCUCUGCGCACGCAUGGCGAGGAUGACUCAGCGUACGGCUUCAACCUGCGCCGCAAUCCGCCUGGCCCCUUGCUGCCUGACCUGCUCGACAUCCCAGGAGAGCCAGAGGCGCCCUCUGAUGCACUCCAGGGGACACAUGCUGCUCAUGCUGCGGCAGCCGGCACGCUGCACAGUAAAGACAGAGUGGAGGCUGCAGAGAGGGGCGCGGCGGACGGCAGCGCGCAGAGGCAUUCGCAUGAUCCCUUUGAGGAUCUGGGGACACAGCUGCACAGGCGCGUUUUGGAGAAGCUGCCUCAAAAUGCAGAACUCCCCAGCUCUAAGCUGCAGCAGAAGGCACCAAGCGCAUUCGGCUUUAUCACUGACAAUCUCAUUGCAGAGUACCUGGCAGCCUCAAGGAUGGAGGUCACUCUCAAUGCCUUCCAGUCUGAGAGCGGCCUGAGAAGCACAAGACUUGGCAGCGCUCAGAUUUUGCAGCUGCUGAACAUCAAGCAUGGCACAUCCAUUUGGGAAGCGUUAAGCGCUCAGGGAGUCCAUCUGCAGGAUGCAAAAGGGACUCCCAACGGGUUGGCAGUUGCUCUUCUUGAGGCCAUUGCGGUAGUGUCACUGCAUGAGCAGACAUGCAUGGGAGCCUCACAAAAGAUGACCAAGUAUCAGGAUCCCAUCCACUACAAAUCAAAUGGCAUGCAGGAUGCGGCUCUGGCAGGACGUGAUGCUGUUGACAAGUAUGGAGAAGCACAUCAAGGCUUAGUCGCAGACCUGCAAAAGCGGGCCAGGGUGAAGGAAGCGGCGGCCUGCAGAUCUGAGGCUGCUCAGAGACGGUCUGCUGACGAUGCAAACCUCGCCCUCGAUGAGGCAGUAGACAUUCUGGAGGCGUCCAUGCGCGCAUUGGAGGAUCUGCGCUCGAGGUUUGCAGCCUCCCAGCGCACAGUGGGGCACCUGUCCAGGCAGCUGAUCGCCGCGCAGCUGCAUCAGCAGGCCAGCCCUGAGAGCGCCUUCUGCACUGCUGUUGCCCUGGAAGCCCAGGAAGCCCAGCUGAGCCGGCACCAGACGGCUGCACGGGUGGAGCGGAGGGAGGAGGCGUUGCAGCAGAGGAUCCUGGCGCUGAAGAGGAGUGUCUGCAGGCAGCGCGCAGCUGCGGUGCGACGCCUGGCAUCAGCAUCCGUUGCACCCGGGCGUCCCUCUUUGGCAGCUGUGUCCACGCUGUCAGCUUCAUGUUUGUCAGGCCACAAGACGGUCCAGCAACAGACAUCAGCAGAGACAGGAGAUGCAUCUGUACAGAUGCCUCACAUGCAAGCCCAGGCGGCGGCCCCGUCAUGUCCAUCAGCACCAUCAGCAAUCGCUGAACAGGAGGACACCCGCUGCAGCGCUAGCCAUGACAGCUGUGACACACAGGAAUCAGCUGACGAUGUCGCAGCAUCCCUCAACAAAGCUCGGAAAACCAGUGACCAGGAUAUAUCUGGGACGGCUGCUGAAGCGCUUGAUUGUGCAACGCCCGAUCGUCUGCCAGGUGGCCUUGACAGAGCAGGGAGUGCAGCAGAGCGCUUCUCUGCCAAAGGCCUCCAGAAUGAAACCCCCCCAGUCGGCAGUGAAGCUUUGAGCUUGGACAGAACUGUGGCCUCCAUAUGUGACUUGCUGACUAACACGUCUCCUGACCCAACAAAGCCAGAGGAGCGGGCAGCAGUGAGGGAAGAUAGCGCAGGCGAGGCAGCUUCUGACAGCCAUUCUGACCAUGCCCAGCAUCUCAGGAACACAACAGCAUUUGGCGGAGCUACGGAGCCUGUUAGCUGCCCUCAGAACGAUGCAAAUUCUGAGAGCGGCGACAGCAGGGCUGAGUCUGAGCACUUCACAAGCGAUAGGGAGCAUGAGAUAGAGCAAGCAGUAACCAGCAGUCUGGAGGACCUUGAGAGUGAGAAUGCUGGCUUUGACACAGAGCAAGAGGAAGCCCUCAUGGCUGCGCUUGGACUUGAUAGUUUUUCUGAUGCAAGCAUUGAAGAGGAAGACUUUGGCAAUAAUGAGGAGAAUGGCGAUGGUGCAUGACAACACAAGACUAGUCUUGUAUAUAUGUAAGUUCUGAUCAGCCUUC